GUACUAGAGCUACGAGAUAUAUUUGAUGGAGGAGGAGUUCCAAUUGAUCACUACAUUAUUCAAGUGGAUAACGGCACACAGUUGGAAACUCCAGGCCCCACUUACAGUUUUGACAUCAUGUACAAUACUACACUGUCAGUGAACAUCUCAGCCCACAACUGUGCAGGAUACAGUGAUCCCUUACCACUUGAGAUAAAAUAUCAUCAAGAUUCAGUGGAGGAUAGUACACCCAGUAUGACACAAAGGCCUGAUGGUUCCUCAGUUCUUGUGAUUGUGGUACCUGUAUCAGCUGCUGGGGCACUUAUUGUCAUCACAAUAUCUGUUGUACUCAUUUUUGUGCUAAAAAGGACAUGUAAGUUGCUGGCAUUGUCAAAGUGUUGAUUAUGUCUUAAAUUCAUAGGUAGUACUAAUAAAAACAGACAGCAGGAGAAGUGUGAUGUGGUGGAGAACUCUGCUUAUGGUGUCCAUGUUCAAGGUUCAGCUGGUGAUACACUGGAGCCAGACUACAACAUGGAGAAUAACCCACUGUAUGAGAUGAGGAUACUGUCAAAUGAGGGACACUCACACAAGACACAAACACCGGCUCCAGUCCCUGUGUAUGAGACUGUUGACAGUGUUGCUCUAUAAAACUUGUUUUUUCCUAUUGUUGA